CAGCUCACAUACUAUUUUCCCGCACUCUCGUCUCGUCUCCCGAAUAUACCUAAGCAACUAUGAACAAGUUAUCCAACGCGGCCGUCAAUGGCUCUGCCAAACCAGGGGGAACCAGUGUCAACUCCAAACACACUCAAGGCCAAUACUCUACUCAGAGUAUCCACGAGUACACGGCUGGUGUAUUGAAUGGCGAUGCCCCCGUUAACACUCUCGUCGGGCUUCGAAACACCGACUUGAACAUAACUCCUCGAAAUGUUAAGGUCAAUCGCGAAGUCGAGGACGCCUUGGCAAAACUCGCCCAGAGGCCGAAUCAGUACGUUUCGUUUCGUCUGUCUUAUACCUCCACGCGCGAUAUGUGUCGCAUGUCGCAUGUCGCAUGUCGUCGAGACCCAAACCUGUCGAUGAACCAUAGGGUGGUGCACUGUUCCCUUGUCCCUCCCUGCCCUAAGUAUUCUUCGAGGCGGCAUGAGAUCGUAGUACAAGCUGCUCAAACCCGAUUGGUUCAAUAAGUAAUGAAACCAUUCCGUAAUAGGCAUACGUUAAACCCAGCGAAAUUUUUGAUUGGUCAAAUUCGAGCAGUUUGUACUGAGAUCUUCUGUCUGGAGAACAUGCUAAUGCAAUCAUAGGUAAGGUUAUUGAGUUUGCUAAGGGGUAGGGUGAGAUACCAUAUAGCCCGGUACAUGUUUAUGAUAUGAUAAUGGAAGCGAGGCGCCUGGCGCAGGAUACCAAGAGUUGGAAU